UUAAUUUAUUGUAGCUACUUAACAAUUAUCUAUAAACAAUCGUAUUUAAUUUUUUUCUAAAACGGGUAGCACUUAUGGUGACGUCAUUAUUUGGUCACUAAUUACAGCUUCCUGUAAUAAUUAGUUUAGAUUUUGUUCGAUAAAUGUCGCCUGUCAAUUACAGAUUCCUGUAACAACUAGUUUAACUUUUCUCUAAUAGAUGUCGUUAGCAGUAAUUAGUGAAAAUAAUGACGCCAUCACAAGUCCUUUACAAUUAAUUAACCAAAUGCAAUUUCACUAAAUUUUAUUUUAUUAUUUAUAAACAAAAUAUUUCUAUGACGUCAUAACUUAUGAAUUAACAAUAAUUGUUCAAAGAGGCUUGUACCGUAAAGUGAGGCUGUGGCCCUUGUGAAGUGAAGUGAGGCUCGAGAGGCUAAAAAAAAAAAAAGAAGAGUGCGGUUAGAAUCAUACACAAACAACAAUAAUUAUUAUUAUUAUGAAUAGUGAAGAAGAAGAAAUUUGUUCGGAGUCAAGCUCAGAGAGCGAACCGGAACUGGAAUGCGACCAGUGGGACUCUGACUGCAAAAUUUUACCCUUGACUACAGUUUCCUGCGUUACCGGCCGCCACCUGAUGCCCACUUGCACUGCCUUGUCUCAGAAACGGUUCAGAAGAUGUUUCACUAUACGAUCAGAAAUAUCACAAGCUUCAAUCAAAAACAAUUACAAAGCAGAUAAACAAUUGAAAAGUGACAACUUUGAAUUAAUUAUUCAGCCAUUUAAAGUCUGUGUAAUUAAUAAUUUCAUUGAGAAUUUUUGGAUUGAGAAAUUCGUGACGUCAUUGUAUGACCUUGAUUUCAAUCUGAGACAUUUGGAUCUGUACGAGUUUUUUCAAUCCAGGGACUUGAAACACUACAAUUCUGACACAAUGGUGACGUUUUACAAGUUUUUAAUUGACGACGUAAAACAAUGGGUUUCUGCAAUUAUCGAUACCGACUUGACCGACGUUUCGGUGACGUGCAGCUUGUACACCAACACCGACUAUUUGCUGGUGCACGACGACCAAAAAGACGACAGAAAAAUCGCCUUUAUUUUGUAUUUGACCGAUGAAAAUGAAGGGGGCGCUUUGCAGCUUAUUGGCACUGAUAGUAGAGGGCACCCCAAUCAAUCUGUCAAAAAUUUGUGGCCCCGCGCUAAUCAAUUCGUCUUUUUUCCAGUUACGAAUCGGUCUUAUCACAGAGUUUCAGAAAUAGUAGGCCUAAACAAAUACCGCCUAUCGAUCAACGGAUGGUUCCACACCAAAAGCCCCGAAAAAUUCGAGGCCCCCUUAUACAAGCCCCAGGGCUUAUUUGCCGACACUUACUCGAGCCCCAAAACUAUCGAUAUCGACUUAAAAUCCUGGAUAAAUAUCGAUUAUUUAAGCCCAAAAUCGAUCCAACUAAUCCAAAAUCAUGUCGAAGAAAACUCGGAAAUUUCGCUUAAAAACUUCCUAAAACUCGAACCGUUUCAGGCAAUUAUUGCCCAAUUGGGCAACAUCGAUUGGGCGAAACGAGGGCCCAUCAAUCGGCUCAAUUACGACGUUGCCGCCUCAAAACUACCCCACCCAAUUGAACGCCUUCUUGACUUAUUUCAGUCCAAUCAAAUGUUUGCAUUAUUGCACCAAUACACCCAAUUGGAUUUAGUUAAAGUCAAAACCGAACUUCAACGAUGGACUCCGGACAAUUACGAACUUUUAAACGAUUAUGAUUGGUCGAAAAACGAGCUGGAUUUGACAGUUUACUUCGGCUGUCAAAAUCCGAGGAAUGUGAUUGGUGCCCGCACCCAUUACGUCACAAUUGAGGACGAAGUCCAAAAUGCCUUGAUUACUAUUGAACCGGUCGAAAAUGUUUUGAAUUUGGUUUACAGGGAUUCUGCUCGAUUUACAAAGUAUUUCAGUGCUCAGAGCGAGUGCAAGUGUUUUUAUAAGUUGAUUUGUUGUUAUAGUGAAUAAAAUGCAAAUUGGAGUAGUUUAAUGCAAAUAGAACAGUUUUUGUUGUGGUCUGCAAGUGACGUCAUCAUGAAAGGAAACCUUGUAUAAAGAUAUUUAUUUCAAAAUUUUGAGCAAAAGUGACAAAAUUGGUCUGUCACUGUGGCUUGCGGGUGUAUUUUUAGUUUGAAACGGGUUUUGUUGUGGUCUGCAAGUGACGUCAUCACGUAAGGAAACCUUAUAUAAGGAUAUUUUUUUCAAAAUUUUGAACAAAAGUGACAAAAUUGGUCUGUCACUGUGGUUUGAAACGGGUUUUGUUGUGGUCUGCAAGUGACGUCAUCAUGCAAGGAAACCUUGUAUAAGGAUAUUUAUUUCAAAAUUUUGAGCAAAAGUGACAAAAUUGGUCUGUCACUGUGGCUUGCGGGUGUAUUUUUAGUUUGAAACGGGUUUUGUUGUGGUCUGCAAGUGACGUCAUCACGUAAGGAAACCUUAUAUAAGGAUAUUUAUUUCAAAAUUUUGAACAAAAGUGACAAAAUUGGUCAGUCACUGUGGUUUGAAACGGGUUUUGUUGUGGUCUGCAAGUGACGUCAUCAUGCAAGGAAACCUUGUAUAAGGAUAUUUAUUUCAAAAUUUUGAGCAAAAGUGACAAAAUUGGUCUGUCACUGUGGCUUGCGGGUGUAUUUUUAGUUUGAAACGGGUUUUGUUGUGGUCUGCAAGUGACGUCAUCACGUAAGGAAACCUUAUAUAAGGAUAUUUAUUUCAAAAUUUUGAACAAAAGUGACAAAAUUGGUCAGUUACUGUGGCUUGAAAUGGGUUUUGUUGUGGUCUGCAAGUGACGUCAUCAUGUAAAAAAACUUUGUAAUAAGGAUAUUUAUUUCAAAAUUCUGAACAAAAGUGACAAAAUUGGUCUGUCACUGUGGCUUGCGGGUGUAUUUUUAGUUUGAAACUGGUUUUAUUGUGGUCUGCAAGUGAUGUCAUCAUGUAAAAUUGCGUUUCAAAAUUUUGAGUAAAAGUGAUAAAAUUGGUCUGUUACUGUGGCUUGAAAUGGGUUUUGUUGUGGUCUGCAAGUGACGUCAUCAUGUAAAAAAACUUUGUAAUAAAGAUAUUUAUUUCAAAAUUCUGAACAAAAGUGACAAAAUUGGUCUGUCACUGUGACUUGGGGGUGGAUUUUUAGUUUGAAACUGGUUUUAUUGUGGUCUGCAAGUGAUGUCAUCAUGUAAAAUUGCCUUUCAAAAUUUUGAGUAAAAGUGAUAAAAUUGGUCUGUUACUGUGGCUUGAAAUGGGUUUUGUUGUGGUCUGCAAGUGACGUCAUUAUUUAAGGAAACCUUGUAUAAGGAUAUUUAUUUCAAAAUUUUGAGCAAAAGUGACAAAAUUGGUCUGUCACAAUGGCUUGCGGGUGUAUUUUUAGUUUGAAACGGGUUUUGUUGUGGUCUGCAAGUGACGUCAUCACCUAAAGAAACCUUGUAUAAGGAUAUUUAUUUCAAAAUUUUGAACAAAAGUGACAAAAUUGGUCUGUCACUGUGGCUUGCGGGUGGAAUUUUAGUUUAAAACUGGUUUUGUUGUGGUCUGCAAGUGAUGUCAUCAUGUAAAAUUGCCUUUCAAAAUUUUGAAUAAAAGUGACAAAAUUAGUCUGUUACUGUGGUUUGAAACGGGUUUUGUUGUAGUCUGCAAAUGACGUCAUCAUGUAAGAAAACCUUGCAAUAAGGAUAUUUAUUUCAAAAUUCUGACCAAAAGUGACAAAAUUGGUCUGUCACUGGGGCUUGCGCAUGGAUUUUUAAUUUGAAACGGUUUUUGUUGUGGUCUGCAAGUGCCGUCAUCGUGUAAGGAAACCUUGUAACAAGGAAAUUUCGAGUAAAACUGACAAAAUUGGUCUAUCACUGUGGUUUGCGGGUGGAUUUUUAGUUUGAAACGAAUUUUGUUAUGGUCUGCAAGCGACGUCAUCAUGUAAGGACACCUUGUAACAAGGAUAUUUAUUUCAAAUUUUUUAAACAAAAGUGACAAAAUUGAUCUGUCACUGUGGUUUGAAACGGGUUUUGUUGUGGUUUGCAAGUGACGUCAUCACGUAAAGAAACCUUGUAAUAAGGAUAUUUAUUUCAAAAUUUUGAACAAAAGUGACAAAAUUGGUUUGUCACUGUGGCUUGUGGGUGGAAUUUUAGUUUGAAACGGGUUUUGUUGUGGUCUGCAAGUGACGUCAUCAUGUAAGGAAACCUUGUAACAAGGAUAUUUAUUUCAAAAUUUUGAUUAAAACUGACCAGUCACUGUGUUUUGCGGGUGCAUUUUUAGUUUGAAACGGGUUUUGUUGUAGUCUGCAAGUGACGUCAUCAUGUAAGAAAACCUUAUACAUGGAUAUUUAUUUCAAAAUUUUGAACAAAAGUGACAAAAUUAGUCUGUCACUGUGGCUUGCGGGUGCAUUUUUAUUUUGGAACGAAUUUUGUUGUGGUCUACAAGUGACGUCAUCAUGUAAAGAAACCUUGUAAUAAGGAUAUUUAUUUCAAAAUUUUGAACAAAAGUGACAAAAUUGGUCUGUCACUGUGGCUUGCGGGUGGAUUUUUAGUUUGAAACUGGUUUUGUUGUGGUCUGCAAGUGAUGUCAUCAUGUAAAUUUGCUUUUCAAAAUUUUGAGCAAAAGUGACAAAAUUGGUCUGUCACUGGGGCUUGCGCAUGGAUUUUUAAUUUGAAACGGUUUUUGUUGAGGUCUGCAAGUGACGUCAUCGUGUAAGGAAACUUUGUAACAAGAAAAUUUCGAGUAAAACUGACAAAAUUGGUCUGUCACUGUGGAUUGCGGGUGCAUUCUUAGUUUGAAACGGAUUUUGUUAGGUCUGCAAGUGACGUAAUCAUCAUGUAAAAUUGUCUUCAUUUCAAAAUUUUGAUUAAAACUGACCAGUCAAUGUGUUUUGCGGGUGCAUUUUGAAUUUGAAACGGUUUUUGUUGGGUCUGCAGUUGACGUCAUCACAUAUUGUAAUAAGAAUUUUCAUCGGUCGAAUAGAAUUCUAUUUAUCGGAGGCUAAUUUGAAAAUCAAUUUUGGGUUUUUAGUAAUUGUACUCUAACUGUUCCAAAUGCACUGACUCUUUUUGAUUUGUUCAACUGUUCUAAUUCUGUUCCAUUUGCACUAACUUGAUUUAACUUACUCUUAGUAUUAGUUUUUUAUUCCAAGCAGAUUUAUUAAGCUUUUUGAUCUUAAUUGAUUUAUUUUUAAUGAUAUUUGCCUAUCAAGGAUGCAAAAUAAAUACCAUUGAAUUUAUUUGAUUGAUUAUUCCAGGCAUAUGGCUAUCAAGGAUACAAAACACGUUUAGAUAAUGACGUCACGGAGAUUUUUAGGAAUCAGAUUUUGAGCAGAAGUGACAAAAUUGAUUUGUCACUGUAGCUUGCGGGUGCAUUUUUAGUUCGGUCUGCAAGUGACGUCAUUAUGUAAAAUUGCCUUGUAGCAAGGAUAUUUAUUUCAAAAUUUUGAUUAAAACUGACCAGUCACUGUGUUUUGCGAGUGCAUUUUGAAUUUGAAACGGUUUUUUUUGGGUCUGCAGUGGACGUCAUCACAUCUUAUAAUAAGCAAAGAGAGUUAGUGCAAAUAGACAAGAGUUAAAACAGUCAAAGUCAUUCGGAAUUUAAAUAGAAUUAGUACAAAUGGAACAUAAAUAAGGCAAUUAAUUACAUGAACAUGAACAAAUCACGUACCGACAAUGACGUCAUUAAUUUUUUUAAUUGAUUUAUUUUUACUGAUAUUUGCCUAUCAACGAUGCAAAAUAAAUACCAUUGAAUUUAUUUCAUUGAUUUGAUUAUUCCAGGCAUAUGCCUAUCAAGGAUACAAAACACGUUUAAAUAAUGACGUCACGGAGAUUUUUGAGAAUCAGAUUUUGAGCAAAAGUGACAAAAUUGACCAGUAACUGUGUUUUUUUGGGUUUUUAGUAAUUAUACUCUGUAACUGUUCCAAAUGCACUGACUCUUUUUGAUCUGUUCAACUCCGAAAAAAAAAAGCCUGCACGAUCAAAAACUACUCCGGAGCAGAAAAUAUUUUUAAUUUAUUAGUAGCAACGAUGACGUCAUCAAUAAAGGUGCAAUAUUUAGACAAUUAAUUGAAGCGGAGCAGUUUUUUGUUCAGUUUGGAUUAAAUGUCGAACAACAAAACUUAUUGUAGUAAUUGGAGUACUCCCAGUUCAGUCAAAUGGAGUAAAAAUGAAAUAUUAAAUCGGAGUACUUUAGAGUAAAAAGAACAGAUAUUUACAACGACUUUAAACAGAAUUCUAUUUAUAGGGUUUUACGAUGACGUCACUGAUUAUUGAAAAAUUAAAAAUAAGUUUCACAACUCGCACUCAAAUAAAGUUACUCCAUUUACUCCGAACACAAUAUUUGAAGCAGAGAAGUAUAAAAUGGUCAAACUGAUGAUGACGUCAUUAAAAUUAUCUAAUCGAUUGAUAAUUUCAAGCUAAUAUACAAGACAAGUACUGAUGGUGACGUCACUAAAAUUAUCUAAUUGAUAUAUUAUUCCAGACCUACGAUAUAAGACAAGUACUGAUAAUGACGUCACUAAAAUUUUUAAUCAGCUCAUUCAGCUUUACAAUAGUAGAGCAAGGCUUUAACCAUUUGAUUAGAACAGUUGGAGUAAAAACAAUUUAAUAAUAGUGCAAAUCGAACACUUGGGGAGUAAUUUAUAACCACGAAUUUUACAAGUCAAGAAUAGAGGCAAAAAAAAGUGCAAACGGAACACACCCAAUGUAAAGACAAAUGUCAAACUGUCACAACACGUUUUUCCUUCUUUUGAGGUUAUGAAAUCCAAACCCAAACAACAUUAAAAAUGAUCGUCUCUAAGAAAAAUCAAGCCCCAGAACAUGAAAAUUCGGACUCAGAUUGCUCCGAAGACUCGGAAAUUAUCGACGAGGAAAGUAGAAUUCUACUGAACGAAGGCUGGGCGGAUUCGAUCGCCAAAAUACUCCGAACCAACAAACCGAAGAAGAAAAAGACCCUGGUGCUGUCCAAAGCGAAAAAACUGACCGACCCCGUUAGAACAGUGCAACCGGAAAGUUUCCAAGUAGCAACCCUGGAUGGCCAAGUGAAGCAACCCUCCGAUAUACCGACACAAACAAAAAAAAAGGAACCUGUAAUUAUUAAAAUUAAACAGAAAAAUGAAUUAAAUUUAAGAGUGAAACCGUCGAUUUUGGACAAAGCCAGAGAACGGACGCUUCAGAAAAUCGCCACCAGGGGCGCCGUCCAGCUAUUCAACGCUGUCAAAAGUCAACAGAAUGACAUUUCGAAGAAACUGGACGAAGCGGGCCCUCUAUCGACCCGCAAGGAAAAAGUCCUCAAGAAUAUCGACAAGAGGGCCUUCUUGGACGUUUUGAUGGGCGAAAAAUCACAACCAAUCAGCUUGGAGCAGAGCAAACCCGAGGCCAACAAGGGGUGGGACGUUUUAAGGGACGAUUUUCAGAUGAGCGCAAAAAUGAAGGACUGGGACAAGGAAUUGGAGCAGGAAAUGGAAAUUGAAUCGGAAUAAAUUUUUUUUUUAGAGCAAAAUGUAGUUUUUUUUUUUUUUACUCUGGAGUGAAAACGAGUAGUUAUUGGAAUCGGCCUACUACAAGGCUUACUUGUACUGAUGAUGACGUCACGAAAUAAGAUGCAAAAUGUGAUUAUUCCAGGCAUUUGGCCAUCAGAGAUGCAAAAAACUUACUAAUGAUGACGUUGCGGGUGGAUUUUUAGUUUGAAACGGUUUUUGUUGUGGUCUGCAAAUGACGUCAUCAUGUAAGGAAACCUUGUAUCAGGAUAUUGAUUUCAAAAUUUUAAACAAAAGUGACAAAAUUGGUCUGUCACUAUGAUUUGAAACGGGUUUUGUUGUGGUCUGCAAGUGACGUCAUCAUGUAAGAAAAGGAUUUUUAUUUCAAAAUUUUGAGUGAAAGUGACAAAAUUGGUCUGUCACUGGGGCUUGCGGAAGGAUUUUUAGUUUGAAACGGGUUUUGUUGUGGUCUGCAAGUGACGUCAUCAUGUAAGGAAACCGACAUUUAUUUCAAAAUUUUGAGUAAGUGACAAAAUUGGUCAUCAAAGAUGCAAAAAAUGAUGACGUCAUCAGCCUACUACAAGGCUUGCAAUAGGGAAGUGAGGCUGUGGCCAUUUGAUUAACACAGCCACAGCCUCACUCCACUUUACAAGCCUUCCGAAAAUUUAUAUUUGAGUUUUCAAUGUAAGUACUGAUGGUGACGUCACAAAAUAAGUUUUUUAGCAAUCAAGAAUGCAAAAAACGUACUUAUGAUGACGUCAUUGAGAUUUUUACGAAUCAGCCUACUAUAGGUUUGCAACAGUGAAGUACCAAUAUGAGUACUGAUGAUGACGUCACGAAAUCAGAUACAAAAUGUGAUUAUUACAAGCAUUUGAUCAUCAAAGAUAUAAAAAAAAAAAACGUACUAAUGAUGACGUAAUCUUAAAUUUUUAGAAAAAACUAUAAAUCAUAACCUCAUUCCAAUUUACAAGUCUGCUAAUGACGUCACUGGCAGACCCAUUAAAAAAAAAUCAAAAUUUGCAAAAAACAGCUUCGCUCACCUGGCAACAUUAUAAAAAUAAAAAAAAAUUGACACUUACCUUGACAAUUGACAGCCUUACUUAAUCAUAUCAAACCCCUAAUUAAUAUAUACAAUUUUGGAAUAAGUCUGCUAAUGACGUCACUAGCAGACCCAUUGAAAAAAAAAAAAAAAAUGCAGAAAACAAUUUCACAAACUUGGCAACGUUGUGAAAACAAAUUUGACACUUACCUUGACAUUGACAAUUGACAGCCUCACUCCACCAUACCAUUAAACAAAGAAAAAUAUACAAUUUAUCCUAAUUUUUUUGGCCCUAAAAAAUAAAUCAACAAUGUUGCCACACAUAGCAACAAACAUCUUUGGCACCAAAAACUUAAAUCCUGGCCAAUCACAAGUCCAAAAUGGCGGAAGCGGCCAACUCCAAAUUCCAAUUGGCCCGUUCCAAAGCCUCCUCGCAUCUCCUCCUGUCAACCAACCCCA